UCAUAGCUGCCUUCUAACCACAAACAGCUAUGAACAGACACCCUCCCAGUUUAACACACCAUAUAACUUUGGAGGCUCAGUGAGCAAAAUAUUUUGUCCGUAUGAAAGUUGAUGACAUUGAUUGACUUUUUUGCAAACAAUUUCGGCUCAUGUUUGUGAACACAUCAACUUUGAUCGACUAAUGCAAGGACACACUCCCUGGUUAUCUUCGAUCAUUCAUUAGGUCAGUCACAGCUGACCCAUGGAGGACAGAACAGAAAGUCCCAUGGCUGUGAAGGUGGAGGAGCAUUCUCGUUGUGUCAUCCUGACUUACUUUCAGGGGGACAUCAACAGCAUGGUGGAUGCUCACUUCACCCGAGCUCUCAGCACAGUGUGCAAAGCCAAGGCACCAGCAGCAAAGACAAAGACAAUUUGUAAAUCUAUUAAAUUGGAGGAAACCAGCCCCUGUCAGAGGAGUGCUCCUGACUGUUACUCAGAGUCACAGGUCCCUCCUGCAGCAGGACGUCACCUGAACUUCGGCCCUGCAGAUGACGCUCCUGGCUCCUGGACCUCGUUCACAACCAGGGCAGGAGAGGGCCCGGGGUUGACUUCCAUCACCUACUCUCUGUCCCCAGAAGGGUUAAAUCUUACUGGACAGCAAUACGCCACAUCCUUGCUCAACCUACUCCAUUCUGACCGGGGUGAGAUGGGACCCAGCAUGGCCUCUAGCUCCAAGCCAAUACUACAUUCCAGCUGGGCAGUGCCUCAAGGAUAUAGAGACUCCGUGGACCCUGCAGUAGCCUUUGAACCCGGACGGCAUCUGGACAAGAAGGACUUGUACUGGUAUUGAAGAGAGAGUAGCUGAAGCAGCAGAGGCAGGGAACAGCUUCAACUACACCACAUACUUCACCACACACUCUGUAAGGCCACCCGGCUUUCUGUUCCGAUCUCAUUGUUAUUGUGUUAUUUUGUCAAACAGGCCACAUUGAGAAUCAUCAUACACAGAAGAAACACUACAGCGCUUUUUUUUUUAGGGAAAUGACCUCAGUACGUCAGCAUGUACUAACAGCAACAACUUUUUUGGAAGAGAACACUCUCUGACAAACCUGUUCUUCAACUCUGUCGCUCCUCUUGCAGAUCUCAAAGCACUGUAUAUGUUGUAGCUCCCGUUGGAUCAGGCGCUUCUCUUCUCUGGGCCUGCACCAGUAAAUAGACCAGCAUUACUGUGAGUCAAAGUGUAAACGUUUGUGAGUGUACAAAUAUUAAUGCAAAUAUCUAUAUAGCUUACACUAAAUAAGCUUUAGUUGCUUUGAGAAUAUUUCAUAUGUAAAAAC